AGUGCAUAGACAAAUUUAAGAUUCUUCUGCAACGAAAACUUCCGCUUUAACCAUCAUUCAGGAGUCCAUCAGCAGCAUGACGCAGGUUGCUCGAUUGGGAAAAGAGGUGGUCAGUUAUGUUCUAGGACCAUCGGAAGAAGUGUCGAGAACAGGCAAGAGCAGUACUGCAAACAACAAUCUAAGCUCUUAUGCUGCCCUUCUUGCGUUGAAUAAUCCUAAUGCAUCAGCACCUGUUGGAACCCUUAGAGGAUUGGUCCAAUCGCCAAGUGGGUCUUCCUGGACAACUGCAACUUCACAAGAUGGAUCAUCGACUUUAAUGAUUCAUGCAGAUCGUCAAAGGCCCGUCAUUCACGUACAUGUACAUCAAAGCGCUUCCGGAUCUGCUUCAAGUUCAACAACAUGUCCGUUAACCGCUCGUUUACAUCCACCAGAGUCUACAUGUGCUCUUGCUAUCUCGCCCGAUGGUGCACUACUGGCUGCAGGAUCUAUCUCUGGUCGAUUGUACGUAUGGCAUCUGGCAUCCGGUCACCUAUUAGCAUCUUUGGACGCUCACUUUAGAGCUGUGUCUUGUCUCCAAUGGACUGCUGAUGGUCGAGCUCUAGUCUCUGCAAGUGAAGAUGCCCGAAUCAUAGUAUGGAGCAAAGAAGGUUUACUGGACAGUACUUCUGGAUCUCUUGAUGGUGCAGCAGCACUAGAAUCAAACGCUCGUCCAUCGCCGUUCGCAAUUCUAGCCGAUCAUGUUGAAGGAAUAACGUCUAUCGCUUUAUCCUCUUCAUCUCGUUCGGCAAUCGCAUCUUUUCCUUCGCUCAGAAUAUUCUCAGCAUCAAAGGAUGGAAGUGUGAAGUUGUGGGACGUUCGAACGCGAUCUUUGGUUGCAACAUGGACGUUCAACGGACCUGUGAUGAAACUUGUUUCGGAUGUUGGAUUCCGUUCAUUCUUUGUUAUCGUCAGAGGUAGAGCAGUUGUACACAACAGUAAGAAAAAGACUGGAAAAGCAAAAGAAGCAGAUUUGGACGAGGAUAUGGAUGAUGAAGAUGGACAGGAGUAUGAUUGGGUACGUCGUAUUGAUUUGUUUGGCGGUAAUGCCCCAGAUCCAACUUCAAAGGGUAGCGGCUCGACUGCGUCUUUGUUCCGCAUUGAAGAUGCACCUCAAUCACUGGUCUACAGAGCCAAUGCAGAUGUCAAACUUACCGCUCUGGCGAUCUCCCUGAGCGGUAGCCAUCUAUUGGUCGGGACGUCAGAUACACAGCUCCUAUCGAUCGAUAUUGCGUCAUCUGUCGUCAUUAGAACAACUCCUUUGGUUGUUGCCGGUCAAACGGGCAUAGCAAAAGCAAGCGGAGGUAGUGCAGGUACAGCUGUUUUGGGACUUUCUACUUUCUUGAUCGAAGAUACGAAUUCACUUUUACAGGGCGUAUCAAUGCGAACAAAAGGAGGUGCUUAUGGGCGUUCAGGAGAUGCACCUUAUUGGAAAGUUGCUGAGAAGCUGGAUAGAACGAUUUUACCUACUGCAAAGAGUAAUGAAGCGGCAUCCGAUGUGACAUUCUUGAUGCGAUUAGAGCGUAAUGAUGUCUGUCAAAUCGUCAAAGAUCUUGCUCCGCCUUCUUUGCGCGAGGCUGAACUUGAAAUGGCUGACGGUCUUGCUUAUGGACAAACGAAUCAGACAAAUGGCGCCUCUGUGACAAAUGCAGAAGAGAUGCAAAAAGCCCAAGAUCGAAUUGCUGAGUUGGAAAAUUACAAUGUCAAAUUGAACGAAUUGCUUAAACGUGCACAAAAGACCAAUGCAGGUUUAUGGGAGCGUGUCGUGCAAGAUUCUGUGUAACAGAAAACCUCUGAUAGAGUUUUGUGGGAAAACGAUCAUGUAUUUAUAGAAAGCAUACGGCAUUAAUGAAAACAAUUGGUGUACGUGUACGAAAGAGAGAGAGAG